AUGAAGGUCACCUUCAAGGAGCUCUCGAACCAAAAGUUCACCCUUGACAUCGAGCCUACUGAUCUUAUUUCUACCCUGAAGCAAAGAGUUGCCGAAGAGAAAGGAUGGGAUGCCAAGGCUCUGAAGCUCAUCUAUUCCGGCAAGAUCCUCAAGGAUGAAGAUACGGUCGCGGCCCACAAGAUUGAGGAGAAGGGCUAUGUUGUUUGCAUGGUGAGCAAGCCCAAGGCCGCCCCCGCAGCCUCUGCCGCAGCCUCUUCAUCUAGCGCUCCGCCCGAGACGCCCGCCCGAUCCGUCGCUGCAACUCCUGCUGCCCCGGCCGCACCUACCCACUCAUCUACCGCCGCCGCCGCGGUGCCGGCCACGCCGUCGCCUGCACCUGCAACUGCAGCAGCUGGUGGUAACGAUGACAACUCCAUGGCUAUGGGCGAGGCCCGAGCUGGCGUGAUCGCUAAUAUGGAGGCCAUGGGAUUCGAGCGCUCUCAAAUUGAGGCUGCUUUGCGUGCCGCUUUCUACAACCCAGACCGCGCCGUCGAAUACCUCUUGAACGGUAUUCCGGAAACUGCUCGUCAACCAGAGCCCCAGCAUGAAGCAGCUCCCGCUCAAGCCGCAACAGGCGCUGCCGCCGCCGCCGCCGCCGCCAGUCAGCCUGCCCAAGGUGAGGGCGAGGGAGGUGAUGUCAACCUUUUUGAUCUAGCUGCGCAACAGGGUCGAGGAGUUAGCCGUGGAGGAGCCAGUGGUUCUUCCCAAACUGCAGCUGCAGCAGCCGCCGCAGCCGCCGCCGGUGGCCAGACUCUAGGUAACCUGGACUGGCUGCGUAACAACGCUCAGUUCCAGCAGCUUAGACAGGUGGUUCAACAACAACCCCAGAUGCUCGAGCCUAUCCUGCAGCAACUCGGUGCCGGAAACCCUCAGCUUGCGCAGCUGAUCUCUUCGAACCCCGAACAGUUCCUGAACCUGUUGGGCGAAGCUGGUGAUGAUGAUGCACCUCUGCCCCCUGGUGCCCAGACAAUUUCCGUCACGGAGGAAGAGCGCGAUGCCAUUGAGAGACUAUGCCGAUUGGGUUUCGACCGAGACGCAGCGAUCCAGGCUUAUUUCGCCUGUGAUAAGAACGAGGAGCUGGCCGCAAAUUUCUUGUUCGACCAGCCGGAAGACGAUGAACCUCCUCAGAAUUGA